AUGUCAAUUUAAGAUAAAUAAACAAAUGUAUUAGUUUGUGGAUUUGCAGGAGGCUUAUCCGGUAUAGUAGUUGAUUUUGUUAUAUAUCCAUUAGAAUCAAUAAAGACUUAAAUAUAAGCAACUACAUAAAGAAUCGACUUUAAAGAAAAAGCUGCUAAAAACCACAAUUAUAAAGGUUUUAGUGCCUAAUUUGUUAGUUCAUUUCCAUUUGCAUUCAUUUAUUUUUAUACAUAUGAGAAAUCUAAACAAAUUUUAUAAUUAAUAAAUAACUUAAAUAAUAAUGUUUAACAUAUGAUAGCAGCUGCAUUAUCAGAAAUAUUAGCAAACAUAUUUAGAAGUCCUUUUGAAGUAGUAAAAUAAUAGUAAUAAGUAGGAUGGGAUAAAUAAAUAUUACAUACAAUAAAAAGUGUUUAUAAUUUGAAAGGAAUUUAAGGUUUUUAUGCUGGAUUCGGCACUAUGAUAUUAAGAGAUAUUCCUUUUAGUAUGAUUCAACUUCCUGUAUAUGAUUUAUUGAAGUAAAAUAGAUAAUAGAAAAAAAUCUAGGAGACUAAAUAAAAAACUUUAUCUUUUUCAGAAAGUUGCUUUUGCGGAGGAACAGCAGCUGCUUUAGCCUCUUUUUGUACUACUCCUAUGGAUGUUUUAAAAAGUAAAUUAAUGACUUAGAGAGAUAAUUAUUAUAAAGGGUUUAUUGAUGUAUUUUAAAAAACCAUAUAGGAUGAAGGGCCUAGAGGACUGUUUAAAGGUGUUCUAUAUAGGGUCUUACCUUUUUCUUUUACUGGAACUAUCUUUUUUACAGUUUAUGAAUAAACUUAGAAUAUAAUUAAUAGAAAUUUCUAUUGA